UCAGCCAAGCAGUGACGUUAAAUUCUGCUCUGUCAGAGACAGCAUCUGUCAAGCCCACAUUUAAACUGCUGCCUGCCUGUGCAGCACAGAAGAACCGUGCAUUUCACAUUACAGACUAAAACCCCAGGAAAACUGCUCAAAAAAUCCUUCCUGCAGCUGCCAGGCAACCACGACGGAGAGAGGCAAAGCCUUUUUCCCCCCCUCAAUGCAACUGAAACACUAAACCCCAGCUCUGCUGCUUAACAUUGCAGCUCAGCGCUGUUACUAGAAAUAUGGAUACUGAGAAGAGAAUACAGCACUGCAUUGUCCAGCCGGGAAUACAGCAGAUGUAAAGGGCUUCAAUGCAUCAACUGUCGGAAAGAGUCAACUGUGCACCAAAUACAACAGACAACUACAGCUCUUUUGUUUAAUAAAAGAGAGAAAAUGAAAGAAAGGAAACCUCUCUGAAGACUAGGAUAUAGACAUAUGAACAAGAAGGGUAACUCGAAGACACCCCGACAGAUGGACACUUUGGAUACUGUGAAAAGCAAUCACAGGAGGCAGACUGUUGGGGGAUGUGCGCAUGUUCGAUAGCAUCGUUUUUUGCUGAAGUGAUGGCGUGCCAAAAGUAUUUUCAGUAGACAUAAUCCUCUCCAUCUAAUGGUCUGACCAAGAAAGAAAGAAUGACGUCGAGGGACGUGUAACUGAACCAGAAAACGAUGAGUCAAGAACAGUAUUGAUUCAGGAAACAACAACGGUGUUUUUGGCCACAUACAACUGUUACUAUUACUGGAUAUUUACAACAUGCUUCAGUGGAGAAGAAGACACUGCUGCUUUGCAAAAAUGACCUGGAAUGCUAAGAGGUCUCUGUUCCGGACUCACCUUAUGGGUAUACUUUCUCUAGUGUUUCUUUUUGCUAUGUUUUUGUUUUUCAAUCAUCAUGACUGGUUACCAGGCAGACCAGGAUUCAAAGAAAAUCCUGUGACAUAUACUUUCCGAGGAUUUCGUUCUACAAAAAGUGAGACAAACCAUAGCUCCCUUCGGAACAUCUGGAAAGAAGUAGUUCCUCAGACUUUGAGGCCUCAAACAGCAACUAACUCCAAUAACACAGAGCUAUCACCACAAGGAGUUACAGGACUGGAGAAUACUCUCAGUGCCAAUGGAAGCAUUUAUAAUGAAAAAGGUACUGGACGUCCAAACUCUUACCGCUUCAAAUAUAUUAUCAAUGAGCCUGAAAAAUGCCAAGAAAAAAGUCCAUUUUUAAUACUAUUAAUAGCGGCAGAACCUGGACAAAUAGAAGCAAGAAGAGCUAUACGACAAACUUGGGGCAAUGAAACUUUAGCACCUGGCAUCCAAAUCACACGGAUUUUUUUGUUGGGCAUAAGUAUUAAGCUAAAUGGCUAUCUUCAACAUGCAAUUCAAGAAGAAAGCAGACAGUAUCAUGAUAUAAUUCAACAGGAAUAUUUAGAUACAUAUUAUAAUCUGACCAUUAAAACACUAAUGGGUAUGAACUGGGUUGCAACAUACUGUCCACAUACUCCAUAUGUUAUGAAAACAGACAGUGACAUGUUUGUCAACACGGAAUACUUAAUACACAAGUUACUAAAGCCAGACAUGCCUCCUAGACAUAACUAUUUUACUGGCUAUCUAAUGAGAGGAUAUGCACCGAACAGAAACAAAGACAGCAAGUGGUACAUGCCACCAGACCUUUACCCAAGCGAGCGCUACCCUGUCUUCUGCUCAGGAACUGGCUAUGUUUUCUCUGGGGAUCUGGCAGAAAAGAUAUUUAAGGUUUCUUUAGGUAUCCGUCGUUUGCACUUGGAAGAUGUAUAUGUCGGGAUCUGUCUUGCCAAGCUGAGAGUUGAUCCUGUGCCCCCUCCCAAUGAGUUUGUGUUCAAUCACUGGCGAGUUUCUUAUUCAAGCUGUAAAUACAGCCACCUAAUUACCUCUCAUCAGUUCCAGCCUAGUGAACUGAUAAAAUACUGGAACCAUUUACAACAAAAUAAGCACAACGCCUGUGCCAAUGCAGCAAAGGAAAAGGCGGGCAGGUAUCGGCACCGCAAACUACACUAGAAGACUAUUUUUGUUCAAAUGGAAAAUCUGUAAAUAUUGUUUAAAGCAUGUAUAGUUAAAACUUAUUAUAUACAUAGGACAAGUUUUAGUUCAACUCAUCACAUAAAGGAAUUCAAAGCUAUUUUUUUAAUUUCUGAAUAAGCUAAUUCAAAAAAUUACAAAUUGUGACAAAAAGGUAUCCCAACAGAGCCUAUUUAAAUAACUGUGUAAGAAAAUUCUCUAUAUUAACAUGCAAUAAUAAGCAUGCAUACAUAAAUGGUUCAAGUCUUACAUUAGGAACUGAUACAAUGUAUCUGCAUACAUUUUCUAUAUAAAUCUUAAGAAAUGAAGACAGUAAAAAGAUUCUUAGAUUUACCUUUGAUUUCACCAUAUAACUACAUGUAAAUAAGACAAUACUAUUGAUUUUAAGGGAACUUUGUAAUUGUGCAAAGAACAAAUUUUCUGACCUGACUCUUGAUUUAUACUACAUGCAAUAAGAUUUAGUUAAGUUAUUCCAUAAACUCAUUUAUAGCAUUCAGGUGUCUGAGAAAUGCAAUUCUCAUUCAAGAAUAUACUUUUAAAAAUAAUUUAUAAUUAUUUUAAUUUCUUUUAUUAAUACUCAUCUACACUGGGAAACUUAUUUUGACAUGAUGUGAUAAAUGUGAAAAAUUAAUGUGUCUCAGGCUCAAGUUUUUAUAAGAUGAAUUAUUAAAGGUAUCAAAAUAGAUAAAUUUUGUUUCCUCAUUGGUAUUAAGAGGCAAGCCCAUAUUUCAAUGAAUUUUGCAUAUAUAUUAAAACAUUACGCUCUUAGGAAGUGCUAUUACCUUUAACUAUACCUGACUUCAAGAAUGUCUGUAAGACAGAAUCAUGUUCCUCUAGCUGAAGUACAAGUAGUAACAUAACAGCACAGCGAUGAUGUACUGUUUUUAAAAAGGAAGAAAAAAAGGAAUACAGGUAGUCAUUUCAUUCAAUGUAUUUUUAAGAUGUUUAUCUGCCAAACAGCAAGAUAUAGGAAAAGUUUAUAUUUUGAGAGCAGGUGUACAUAAGAUAACAUUUACUCCUUUUAUGGGACUUAUUUCUUUCUCUCAGUUCCAAGUUUAUAAACCUUCAGUUUUUAAUUUGGUAGAUGACAAAUAUUUGCAUCACCAAUUAAAAACCAUUUAGUGAAUGGUGGAGAGAAAGCUACAUAUAUUUGAUAAGCAUUUGCUUUUAGAGUGGACAAUCUACUUAAUGCACUUUUAUCAAGGUACUAUUGGUUUUUAAAAGGUAAACAACAAAGCCCUGAACUGAAUGUUAAACAAAUUUUCUCAUAUUUUGUUUGGCCCUGUCAUGAAUUUUAACAUCAAUAAACACAAUUGUGCCCACUAACUUUAAAAUAGUGUAUCCUAUGUAAAUUUAUACAUUUUAAUUAAGUCAGAAUAUCUCCUAUCAGAAUUUUAAUAAUCUUUUUUAACACUGAAUCUAGUAUGAAAAGAUAAAUGCCAGAAGCACAAAAGCUUUAUUUGUUAGUAAUAUACAGCUCUACUUAUAUUAAAUGUAUACCCCAUUUUUAAAUAAGCAGCCUAAGUAUUCUAUUCCACAGCAAAUGAUUAUGAGCAAUCAGCUACUGAGCAUCCACCAGCUCUUAACUAAUGUUUAUUGUUCACUUAAUUUAUUCUAUGUAAUUGUAGUGAACAAAAUUACCUCACAAAAAGAUAUACACAGAGGACAAUAACAAACCACACCAGUGGUCAAAGACAGGGACCCUGUCAGUGUACUGAGUCUGAUUUAUACCACAGAAGUUUAAAAUGAAAAUGGGGAGUAUGUAUGUUUGUGAGGUUUCCUGCACAGGUAUGUAAACAAACAAACAAACAAAAAAAGGAACUCCUAAGUGAUAUUUAAAAACUCUAAUAGUAUAGGAUUACUGGGUUUAAAAUACUGACUUAUAAAACACAGAAUUCUUAAAAAUACUAAAGUGCUUACUCUCAGGUAUCAAUUUAAAAUAAUUUCCAUAAACUUGAAAAAUAAUAAGAAUCUGAUGAUGUUCUGCGUCCUCAGAGGGCAUUAAACCAGUCAAGUUAUUAUUGUCAAAAGUCUGUACUUUUGCCUUUAAGGAAGUACACACUAUCACAGCCUCAGCACUUGAAAAUAAGGCACGAAGAAUGAAGUUCAAAACAAACUUAGGUUAAAACAAUUAAAUCCUGACUAGGAAAACCACCAAACCUUACUUUAAAAUAAAAAUUCUAUUAUUAAUUUGUUUUUAAUUUAGUUUUCAACAAUAAAUGCUACCUUUAUAAGCUGCUAUAUAAUGUCUCACCAGUUGUUAAUUAUAUCUUGUUUGCCUUAGUACUAUGAAAUUUUUGUAUAUAAGAAAUGUUUGAAAAUUAAUAUAUUGAUUUGACCACAGCAAAGUUUACAGAAUCAACUGUGUAACACUAUAGUCAAAGUGUUAAUAGUUAUUUCAGGAGGAAAAUACAAAUUUCAAUAUUUACAACAUUAGUUUGUUUGGAAUAAAAUUAGAGGUAAUGAAAUUCCUCAACGACUAAUUGGAACUUUUUAAAUACCCGAUUUCCAAAAACUCUACAAUAUUAAUAAUACCAACACCACCACCACACAUUAUUUACUGACUGUGAAAGCAGUGUACCUGGUACUGUUAAAAGUACUAUACAUUUAUUUAUUCAUGUAAUACUUGUAACACUAAAAGAUAAAAAAGGCUCAUGUAAGAAGUUAAAUACAUUAAAUCACAAAGUUAGUAAUAAAAGGCUUCCAUCUCAGGAAUCAUACUCUUAUCCACUACUGUGCUGUUCUGCUAUGACAGAAGCUAACAGAUGUACAAAACCAAGUAAAAUUGGCUUAUCCCACUAUGUGUCAUUCUCUGCUUAUUCUCUUUGGCCAGGUCCACAGAUUUCACAGCCAUUGUUCUCUCAAUGGCAUAUGGCAUCACGAGUUAGGUAUAAAUAAGAAAAGGGGAGGGAAAGGACAUUUGGUCCCCUGGUUGUUUUCUCUUCUCCUUUGCAAAUAUUGGUGAAUGGUAACUUUAAUUUUGAAAAUUUUGUGCACUGCUGUUUUAGGCCCUAGGUUAUAUCUGUUAAUAACAGGCAAGUGACACUUAGAAAUUUCACAACUGAUAAUCGUAGCAUACAAAUAUUUCAGUGCAUAUAUUUACUCACUGGACCAGUUCUCAGCUACUGAUCUGUGGUGGGGUCAAACCCAACUCACCUGAUUUAAGU